AUGGCCGCAAGUUACUCGCGAGACGUGCGCAAGGCGCUGGCCAAUGGCAUGUUCCCGAGCUGCAGCUCCUCCUGCCUCUUCGACUUCGAGCACCCGGAGUCCGUGAGCUAUGCCUGGGACGAGUCCCUGAAGUGCUGGAUGAAGGGCGCAGGAUGCCCGCAGAGCGCCCAGUUCGAGGCCGUCCAGCGCAAGGCCCAGAUGUGCUGA